UUGGUUCCUCCGCGGAUGUUGGGGCUGUAGGCGCCGAGCAGUCGGCUGGUUGCGGCUCGCAGGGAGGAGGACGCCGGCGCUCGCCUUCCCUCCGCUGCCUCCGCCGCCGCCAUGAUUCCAGUGUCGCUGGUGGUGGUGGUGGUGGGCGGCUGGACUGCCGUCUACCUGACCGACUUGGUACUGAAGUCAUCUGUGUAUUUCAAACAUUCCUAUGAAGACUGGCUGGAAAGCAACGGAUUGAGCAUCUCCCCUUUUCACAUAAGAUGGCAAACUGCUGUUUUCAAUCGUGCCUUUUACAGUUGGGGACGGCGGAAAGCGAGGAUGCUUUACCAGUGGUUCAAUUUUGGAAUGGUGUUCGGCGUCAUUGCCAUGUUUAGCUCAUUUUUUCUCCUGGGGAAAACACUGAUGCAGACUUUAGCACAAAUGAUGGCUGACUCUCCCACUUCUUCCUCUUCUGCCUCUUCCUCUUCCUCUUCUUCCUCCUCCUCCUCCUCCUCCUCUUCUUCUUCCUCCUCUUCUUCUUCAUUUCACAAUGAACAGGUGCUACAAGUGGUGGUUCCUGGCAUAAAUUUACCCGUCAACCAACUCACCUAUUUCUUCGCUGCAGUCCUCAUAAGUGGUGUUGUACAUGAAAUUGGACAUGGGAUAGCAGCUAUUAGGGAACAGGUUCGAUUUAAUGGCUUUGGGAUUUUUCUCUUCGUUAUUUAUCCUGGAGCAUUUGUUGAUCUUUUCACCACUCAUUUGCAACUUAUAUCACCAGUCCAGCAGCUGAGGAUAUUUUGUGCAGGUAUAUGGCAUAAUUUCGUCCUUGCACUCCUGGGUAUUUUAGCUCUUGUUAUGCUCCCUAUAAUUCUCCUGCCAUUUUACUACACUGGAGUCGGGGUGCUUAUCACUGAAGUUGCUGAGGACUCACCUGCCGUUGGACCCAGGGGUCUUUUUGUGGGAGACCUUGUCACCCAUCUUCAGGAUUGCCCUGUUACUAAUGUGCAAGAUUGGAAUGAAUGCCUCGAUACCAUCGCCUAUGAGCCCCAAAUUGGCUACUGUAUAAGUGCAUCAACUUUACAGCAGUUGAGCUUCCCAGUUAGAGCCUACAAGCGGCUAGAUGGCUCGACCGAAUGCUGUAACAACCACAGCCUCACAGAUGUGUGCUUUUCUUACAGGAAUAACUUUAAUAAGCGUUUGCAUACAUGUCUGCCUGCCCGGAAAGCAGUUGAAGCCACCCAAGUUUGUAGAACCAAUAAAGAUUGUAAAAAAGACUCAAGUUCAAGUUUCUGUAUAAUACCAUCUUUGGAAACUCAUACUCGCCUGAUAAAAGUGAAGCAUCCACCCCAAAUCGACAUGUUGUAUGUGGGACACCCACUGCACCUUCACUACACAGUGAGCAUCACCAGUUUUAUCCCACGUUUCAACUUUCUAAGCAUAGAUCUGCCUGUGGUUGUGGAAACAUUUGUCAAGUACCUGAUUUCCCUCUCAGGAGCUCUGGCUAUUGUUAAUGCAGUUCCCUGCUUUGCUUUGGAUGGACAGUGGAUUUUAAACUCUUUCCUGGAUGCCACUCUUACCUCAGUAAUUGGAGACAAUGAUGUCAAAGACCUGAUAGGAUUUUUCAUUUUGCUUGGUGGCAGCAUCCUGCUGGCUGCCAACGUGACCCUGGGACUCUGGAUGGUCACAGCACGAUAAUGUCCACACUCAUCUGGUAGAAUCUCUGAGUUACAAGACACAAUAUUGAAAACUUUACUUGAUAUGAGACUAUCAAGUGUUUCCUUAAAAUUACAUGUUAGCCAACAACUUUAAGUUCCUUCUAUAUCCAGAGUAUCCAAACUCUGGGAUGGGGGAGAAGCAAGAAAGGAAAGGCCUAGUUCCUGACGACAUUCUCAUUUUAAAGACUGAACUUAAAACCUCAGAUACUUGUGGAACAGUUUCCAACCAAGUGUAAAUUCAUGUUAAACCAUUUUGUGUUACUACACACCCUGUUGAAAUAGUAUAAAAGAGGAUAGAAUUGGGUGUGAUUAAUUGGGGAAAAUUUCUUUAGAAAAGUAUCACUAGUCCAGAUUUGAAGGAGACAACAGACUUUGACUAACUGGAAGGAUGACCAUUUUCUUAGCCUCUGUCUCUUGUCCUUUGUCUUGUUUGAAAAGUAUUUUAAAACUCUAUGGUAUAUUAUUUUUUACUCUGACAACUAAGUUUUGAUUAUAAUUAAAUUAAUAAAAUUGUAUAAAAGAAUCUGCUGACAUGAAAGGGAAAAUCUUUGUCAAAUGAUGCCAAAUAAAUGAACAAAGUAGGAGGUAGGGCCUUUAAUAUCAUGAGACAUGUUUUACCCCGCAAGAGUUGCCUCUGGGCAAUGUGCCCGGCGCCCUUACAAAAGCAGCGCUGGCCUCCGCCUUCAGUCGAGCUGCAGGAAGCGUCUCCCAAGUGCAGCAUGUGAGCAGAGGCAGUUAGGGUUGAACCUCAGAACUGAGCCAUUUCUUCCAACAGAUCACAAGACAGAUCACAGGACUUUCUGUGGUCCGCUUUACCAUUCUCUACAGAGCUGGGGCUGCGGAGGGCCCAACUCCUGGUUUUCUCUCCAAGAAGCAACUACUUUAAGCCUUGAGCCGGGCUCUGUCCUCACCAGUGGCUCCCAUGUUUCUCUGUGUUUCUCCCCCUCUUUCCCCUAAGCUACCUCUGUGGGCCCACAGAAGAAUCGGUAGUAUAGUAACAAUGGCUACAUAUGAGUGCCAGUGUGGAUUUGCCAGAACCAGGGAACUGACUCUUGAGCUUGAAAGGGCCCUGCUAGUUCCAGGACUUUUGAACUGGAGAUGCAGCCCUGGGAGACCUGAGCAGUCAACAGGCCAGUAUGAAGCGAACAGCCACAUGUCCAACUUCCAGCAGUUUCCAUCUGUGAAAUAGUCCAUGGGAUUCAACCUUCUCAGCUCACUGAGUUGUUCUUUAGGCACUCAAACUUUUUAAUGAUUUUUGGGAACUCUUUAGAUUACAAAUUCACCUACCUUCUUAGACAGAAAUUAUAUCUUCAAUCUAACUUUAACAUGUUAUCAAUGACUUGAGGUUAUCAGCUAUUAUCACAACUAAAAGCAUUACAAAUUACUGAUUUAUCCCAGGAAACAGCAUUUGUUCUCUUUUUAGACAGCCAGGAUCAAAGGGUAUUAACAUAGUAAUGCUCAGACCUAGUAGAGUUUGAGGAAUGCCAUGAAAUACAUCAUUAAUUAAAUUACAUACACUAAACAGCUUGCUAAUAAAAAUGUUGUGUAUGUACAGGACAGCUUUUUUUUAACUGAGAAAAAAGUUGAUAGAGGAAAUCCUACCCAUUUGCUUCUUUUACUUGGGGAAAAAAUAAAACACCUCAUUUUCCUGUAACUGUUAAACACCUUGGUUUGUUGUUCCAUAGGGUCUGGAUUUGGGGACCACUCUAAUAUGCUAUUGAGCACAUCAGUUCCAUUCCUGUAGAAAUGACCUCAUUGUGUAAAAAAGGAAAUGUUAUGUGUUGACUUUUCAGCUUGACUGUGGGCACUUCUAGAGCAAGGACUGUCUUACUCAUCUUUGCAUCCCCAGCACAGUGCAUGAGACAUCAUAAAUACUUAAUAAGUGUGGUUGAAUGGAUAAUUAGUGUUAUUUAUGGACUAGAAAAGCAUGUUUUUAUUUAAGUAAGUUGUAAAAAGUAUUAUUGAAUAUUUACUGUAAAUAUGUUAACAUAAAAAAUAAAUUUGAAGGUCUUUGUAUCCCCAGUAUAUCAUCAUCUUUAGGAAAAUCAUUUGUUUUGGUUUUUAUAAUUCGAAAAAUGAAUUAUUUUGGAGAUUUGCAGAAAGUGUUUUUUCUGUGUUGUCACUUUGUUCAACAGUAAAACUUUAUUCUCAGUGUUCCUACUCUGACUUGUUUACACUUCUGAAGGUUUUUUUUUUAUCACCUCUAAUCUGUAAAGAAUGUAUAUAUUCUUUUCAGCAUCUCGGUUUGAAAAAAUAUGGAAUUAAAUUUCGCCUUUGGAUGACCACUCAUCCAGGUCAUUAUUUGUUAUAACAGUAAAUUGUAAACAUGUGAUUCACAGGUAUGUGGCUCUCAGUUAUCACUUUGUCCUAUGGUAUUUAUUGGAUGUCCACAUGCUAAUGAAGUGCGGGUAUUUUUUUCUAGAAAUUUUUGUGCUGUAGUUCAUUCUUAAGCGUUAACUGGCAUUUGAUGUUUAGCAAUAAAAGAAUAAAUGUGUACCAUCAUUGUAUGUUUUAUCAUCUAUGUAUUGUCUUUGUUUAAAAAUUUAUAUUAUUUUCCAUAAAAUUGUUCCCCUUACAUACAGUAUGAUUUUAAUUGUUUUAAAUUCGAUUCUAAAAGCAGCCUCCAGUUUUGACUCGAGUGACUUCUGUAUAUGAAAGUUGUUGCAGGCCACAGAAAGGAGUCUUUAUAAAUGGGGUUCCUGUGCUCUUGCUACUCUUUUGGAAUAGUCUGUUUAUGGAUGAAGAAAAAGGACCAUCCUGUUGCCAUUCAUUAGUCUCUAACAGUAGUCUCAAUGUCAGUCUAUGCUUCUAGAAAUUUCUGAAAGAAAGUGUUUCGACUAUGACAUUUGGUUCUUCUUCACGUUUUGCCUUAGUGCUUCCUGUCUUGUCCACAGAGCCAUCCUCCCUCCCA